AUACUUCUAUGUCCAUCAUGUAGCUUACAGAUCACCUUACAUGCAAUGGGACACAAAUACCCUCAAGGGUAUGGACAGGAAGAGACACCGUUCUACCUGUGCUCUGAAGAGGACGUUCGGAUUUCCUGAGGAAAAGUAAUUGAAAGUCAUUACAAGUACGGAGAAAACCGAUUUAUUUUGAAACACUAAAAGUACUGACACGUCAGAAAGUCAUUCAACUACAAGUUGAGGUUAAGGUAAGUUAAGGACUACAAGGCCUUAAAAUCCUCUUUUUAAUUGAAAUGCAUAUAUACCCCUUUUCUUGUUUUUUUUUUCUCUCACUGCAUUCCUCAUACUUUUUGUAUAUUUUUUAUGAUAACUGUAUAAAGAAAAGAAACGAAGAGACUGUCGGUCAUAGAGAGACUUCAGCAGAGAGGUGCAGGCCAGACAAGGCUCCACACCAGACGAGGGCGGCAAUUCCACAUUUCGAUGGUUUUCCAACCCUGAACACAAUUAUAAAAGAAGAAUAUAAUGAUGACGUAAAGCAUAUUUUCUGUGUUUUCUACUUCAUUAGUCAUUUGUUCUCAUAGUUUGGGAAGCAACAACGGGCAGAAGCUCACCACAAAAUAGCUGAUACAGUAACCUGUUCAGGGGAUUACGCCAAAGUGACUUUAACCUUGAUGAUGACAUUUUGAAAUUUGACGCAGUAUCCUCUGUCAUUUCCCGCAAUUCCCCGUGACAUUAUGAAUUUCAGCAUCAGGACUGACCAUGACGAACAGUCGAAAACGACAACUAAUGUUACAUAUUCCUAAACAUGGUUGUACGACCGAGGAUCGGGAGCACGCGAUGCCUAACCAUCUUUACUGUUGAUGUCCAAGUGUUUUUUCAUCCUUUAUAUGACAAACAGUUGCUUGGCUUUCAUCGGACAACUUAUGAACAAGUGAGGGAUCUGAGAGGGAUCUGGAGUUCAUUUAUCACGUCCUUUGUAGUCAUGGAAUCGGCAAAAAUACCUUCACCAAUGGCGAGGAUUGCCCUUGUUCUUUCAACACUGGGUUGCAGUAUUGUAUAUGUGAACGUCGAAGCUUUAGACCUUGUCACAAAAGUAAUUGGAGACGGCCAUGAGUGUCGCGGCAGAGUGGAGAUAAAUCACGAGGGACUGUGGGUGACCGUGUGUAACCGUGGCUGGGACAUGAGUGAUACCCGGACAGUUUGCAGGGAAGUGGGCUGCUGGCUGGUCUCCCUGCCCAGCGGCUUCAAAUUCAGCCCCAACAGAGCCGUGUGGCUGAACCAUGUAAGUUGCACAGAUGAAGAGCCCGACCUGACGCAAUGCUCGCACUCCAACAGGAACUGUACCAUCCUUGAUGAAGCCAUGAUAGACUGCACAGGGAAGCCUGUACUGUCCAUUCUGUCCCCCUUCACUGCGUUCCAAGUUGGUGAGGCCAUUCAUUUCAGCUGCACGGCCCCAAGUGGGCCCAAGUUCCUUAACUUCCACCUGUACAAGAAGGGCGUUGAGACCCCGCUCGUGACACAGAGAGCUGACAACGGACAGAGGAGGAUGGAGCUGACCCUGAGCGAUGUGGAGGUCACGCACCAGGGCACGUACAGCUGCGUGAACAGCGACCGGAGGAGCUCACACCCUCCCCUGCACAUGUACCACAGUAACUUCAUUGACAUUGCUGUAGUGGAGCUUAACCGGCCACAGAUCUGGUACAACACCUCCAUGGAGGCGCCUUCUGGGUGGGUCUUCAAGGGGGAGAGCUUCAGUGUCACCUGCUCCACCCAUCCCCUGUAUCCCGGCGGGUCCUUCCAGCUGCGGCUGAUCCGUCCCAACGGCACUGUGCGCCACUCUCUGCCUGCUCUCACCUCCACGGUGACCUUCACUUUCAGCAAUGCCCACACCCAGAACGAGGGCUAUUACUGCUGCCAGUACAAAGUCCAGAUGGGCAAGCGUAUGUUAGCUUCCCGCGAGAGUCAGCCUCUUCCCAUUUCUGUCAGAGACACAGAUCUAGCCAUGAGUCCUGUGAUGAUCAGCUUGCUGGUGUCGGGGUUGACGUUUGUCGUGGCCACCUUCAUCAUCCUGAUUGUGUUCAGAAUACUCUCCAAGAGAAAGAGGAAACUGACAGAAUUAGAGAGAGAGAGCAGGACUUGUGUGGACAAUACAUACAUCGCAUUGACAACUAUAAAAUAACAAGACGACCAAACUGAACCGAACCACACGAAAACAGACAAGAACUGAAGUGAGGAGUCACACGAGAACCAGCCCACAGUAGACCAUAGAUGUAUCUCAACUCAUGACCCUUUCUCAGGAACAAGACGAAGAUGAGACAAGACAAAGACCAAAACGUCGGAGAGCCACAUAUUUUCCACGUCUAAUUCAUCUACUGCAGGCUUGACUCCAUAAAGGGUCGGCUUGGAUGCAGGUAUUCAAGUAAACUUCCUCAGCCAGUUCUGGUUUGAAUACCAGAACCCCAUUUGCCUUGAGCCACUCCUGCUAAAUGUAUUGGCGUUUAAAAAAAAAAAAAAAAGUUCAAAGGUUUGCUAUUCUCAUCGUACUUAAUGCUGCUAGGUUGUGUUUUGUGAACAGCGCUCAGUCCAGUGCAGUACAAGCAGCGAAACCAUUGCAGUGCAGUCAAUACAAUACAAUAGAAUUGCAUAGAAGAACAACAUUAAGCUCUAUAUAUUUUUCUUAUCUCAGUACAGAGCAUGUAUGUCUAGUCUUAUUCAACUAUACCUCUUGUCACAAGUUCUGGAAAACGGUAGAAAGGGUAAAAAAAGUUUUUUCGUCGUAAAAAAAAAUAAAAGUCAAUGCAGACCAUGUAAACAAAACAAAAAAGAAAGAAAAGAAAUACCAUCGACAAACCUGAACCCUGUGGUGUGGUUAUUUAGUUUUAUUAUUUUACAGCACUUUAAUGCCCCCGCUGGGAACAGGCACAGACGUGUUAAAUUCCACUUCUUCAUUCUGUGAAAUUCAGAAUUAUUCAGUAAUGAAUUACCAUCUCGCGCUUCUUAAGGAGUCAGUACAGAAAUAUAUUAUUUCUUCUAGUACAAAAUGUGUUACACAUAUCCAUACUUGACCAAUUAAAGUUGGAGAUAUGUAACAAAGAUUUCCGAGAAACACUUUAUUAGGAACGCUAGUGAUCUUCUUAGAGAGAUAUUUUACCCUAGCAAACAAAUUAAAUUGUGGUCGGACAGUCCCCCACUGACUCUAUUUAUGGGUAGGCUAUUCUGUGCUUGUCGCUUAGUCAUACUGACGCCAACAAUAAAGGCCUACUGUCAAGAAAUGGUAUGCCCAAUAUCCUCCACGAAAGUGAAGCAUUUAGAAAAUUUUGAGUUGAAAAUCUGUGACAUGAAUGUGCAGAUGAAUAACAUGAAUAGUAUUUUAACAUAUUAAGAUAUGGUGUAGUGGACACACUAUGGAGGGUACUCCCUCAUAGUGGGGACGAGCUGGAAUGGAAUCCAACAUGGUGAUGAAACACUUUGGUGGAGGAGUUCUAUGGAAGCCCAACUCCCAACCCCCCACACAUACCACCCAGAAGGACACACUCACGUACAGUUCCAUGUUCAUUAAAGUUCCACUGUGCCACUUGAAACCUCCAAAGAUGCGUCUGCAGUUUGCAUGGUUAGUGUACAGUGUGUGCUGCAAUGGUCUCUGUUCAUGGCUCAUGUGUUAAGACGUUUCUGUAAUGGGUUGUCAUUCGGCUACAGACUUUACUGCUUGUUGCCUAUUAGAAUGGGUUUUGGCGUGUCUUGUGAACUGGUCUCGUGUAAAAUAAUGCAGUCAUACACCUGCUAAUGCAGAAGUAGUGAAUUGUAGAGAAACAGAUUUUCAUUUAGGCCAGACAAUCUCAAAAUCGUUUACUAAUGCUUGACUUAAAAACUGUUUAUUUUGUAUCUGAGGUAUAUGAUUUUUUUUCCUUGGUUUAUUUUUGUGUCAUUUUAUAUUUACACACAUGUAAGCAGAUAUUUAUGAAUGUAUUUGAAAUGUGUUUAUAGCCAUUUAUUUUUUAACAGUGGUACUUUUUACAUUUUUGUUGCUAGACACAAACAUACGAACAAAGUCCUAUAGACCUUGACAAUCUAUUCAGCAUAGAAAUCUUUCAUUGAGUAAAGGUGCAGUAUUUCCUUUACAGGAUGUUAAAACAGAUUAAAUAAUAUGGUACAUGGAUAUAUUGUAAAAAAGGAAAAACACUGGUCCUUAAUUUUAUUUGAGACCACUUUUAUUUAAAUGCCCAAGGGACUGGCCAUCAAAUGGACCUCCUCAGUGUAAACACUAGCCACACCUGAUGGGAUCAGAGAUGUGAUGAUGCUGCUAUUCACUCCCACUAAAUGAGCCCUAGAUGCUGGAGUGAAAUGCAUCAUGUCCUAAAAGUGAAUGAAAUAGAGGUACCUGAGACCCUUAGCACUGCGAAAAAAAAUUGUGACCACAGAUUGUAUAUGAGGUCUAUCACAAAGUGAGAACAUCUCUUUUUGUUACAUGUAACUGUUUCUUUGAUCAUUAAAAGCCUUUAUUUGAAAA